UACCUCAUUAACAUAUGCCUGAUCACAAGACUGAAAUACGUGACUCUGAUUGGUCGGCGCCUCCGCCGCGCGUCUCUUGAACCCCAAACGACUCCGAACACUGAACAGAGAAGACAGCAUUUCUCGGCUUGUCUGGCGUUAAACUAAGAGAGGGAAGAAAGGUUUUAAGGAGCUGACCAUGGCGGCCAUUAUCGUGGAGAAGGAGAAUUUGACCCAGCUUGGAGCCAAUGGCGUGGCUGCAAGGAACAGACUUCCAUCCAAAUCAAGCACUGUUCCAGUUGCACCAAAAGCAUUCCAGGCCAACAAUGACCCAAGUCGUCUGUUCACGCCCCGGCGAGCGCUCGGUGAUGUCAACAAGGUUCCUCGCCAACAUCCAUCACAGACUCCAGCUACUGCCAAGAAGCCUGGACUUUCCAUGAAGACUCCGAACAUUCCCAAACCACUGGGGGUCAGAAACAUUGAGAAUGCCAGGAAGAUGUCUCUUAACAAAACUCCAGGGUUAAAGAAGCCUCUCCAGAAGACAGGGGGACUGAGACAAAUGAGUACGAGCAUGACACCAGCUCAGAUCAAGAGGAGAGGGCCCAAGGAAGUGGAGGUCAAGGUUCACACAGACAGAAGUCCUCUUGAUCCAAAUAAUCUUCCUGACAUGGAGACCAUGCACAUUUAUGAGGACAGUGAUGACUUCAGUGUUUUUGCUGCGAAUGAAAGACCCUCUAGUAUCAUAGGGAACUUCCUGAGGAACUUGAGCAUUCCCUCCAUGCACAGCUCUACUGCUGAACCCUUCAAGGAAAGGAAACUGGAGUAUGAAGAAGUCAGAAGACCAUGCUGUGAUGACUCCUUGGACUUGAACCCAUCUCACCUGGAGCUGAACCUGCCUGACCUCUGCAGUGACCUUAGUCCUGUUGACCUCCCUGACCUGGUGGAUUUUGAACCCCUCUUCAUCUCCUUACCAGACAGGGUUUAAGUUUUUUUAAUGGAUGUAGUAUAAGGAAUCAACGUACCUUUUAUUGUAGUGCAUGCAUUUUAAGUGUUAAGUCUUGACUAAGAAUGCAAGCACACAUCUAAGUGGAAUAUCGACUUUGUUGCUCUCAGUUAUGUCACAUUUGUUUAUAAACACUGCUUAACCCUUGUCCUACCAGUAAUAUUGUCUUGCAGUACAUACUGUUUUUAUAUGUUGUUACUUGAUGUCGGUUGGAUUAAUAAAAUUGUUUUUGUA